AUGGUGAUAGUCCCUGUGCAGAGUGAAGAAGAAAAUGGUGUUGAAAAUGGUUAUGUGGAUGGGCUUAUAGGUAAAAGGAAAACUGUGCUCGUGAAAAAUGAUAUAGAUAGUGGGGUUACGGUUAAUCUCCAUUGUCGAUCAAAGGAUGAUGAUCUUGGCCUACAUGUUCUUAGACUUGGAGAGCAGCAAGUAUGGUCCUUCCGAGAUAACAUUUUUCGUACCACUCUUUUUUGGUGCACCAUGGAUGCAAAAAAUAAGGAAUACCAGUUUGAAAUUUAUAGGGCUAAAACGGAUCGUACAUGUACUUCUCAAUGUUUUCGAAGUUUGAGAGAAGAUGGAGCCUAUUUUUGGAAUCAGCCCCUACAACUCUGGGAGAAGAGAAUCUCAUGGUCCAUUCAAUGA